AUGGUGAAGCUUGAGCCGUUCGACGUCGAGCAGUGGAUGGAUAAGUAUGAGAACUCGCCCGGAAUCAGAAACCUUGCCGAAACAUGCGCCGCAUCUAUCUCUAUCGAUGAGCUCGUGGCACUCUGCGAAGAUCCAAAUACCCCGCAUCCUUUAAAUACGGCCACGAAACUUACAUAUGGAGCUAUCCGGGGAUCGAGUGCUCUGCGGGAACGCUUGGCUUCUCUAUACUCUACUAGAGCUGCGGCUCCUCUUCCCGGUGAUAAUGUCCUUAUAACCCCAGGAGCGAUUGCCGCCAACUUUCUCCUUCUGUAUACCCUCAUAGGCCCUGGAGACCACAUUGUUUGCAUGUACCCCACGUACCAGCAGUUAUACUCCGUGCCUGAAAGCUUGGGUGCCGAAGUGAGCUUAUGGAAGCUGCAGAAGGAGAAAAAUUAUAUUCCAGACGUGGAGGACUUGAAGUCAUUGGUCAAGGAGAAUACGAAACUAAUCAUCGUCAAUAAUCCCAACAACCCGACUGGGGCCACAACCCCCAAGUCAGUUUUGCAGGCGUUGGUUAAUUUUGCACGAGAGCGGGAUCUUAUUAUACUUUCGGAUGAGGUGUAUAGGCCACUAUUCCAUGGAACUUCUCCUGCCGACCCAGAAUUCCCGCCUUCGUUACUCUCUCUGGGCUACUCCAAGACCAUCAGUACUGGGUCAAUGUCAAAGGCCUACUCGUUAGCAGGCAUCCGGAUUGGUUGGAUUGCGUCUCGAGACCGGUCCAUCAUCGAAGCUAUUGCCGCAGCUAGGGAUUACACCACGAUCGCUGUUUCUCAGUUAGAUGAUCAAGUUGCAACAUAUGCUCUUUCGCCAUCUGUGAUGCAUGCCCUACUUGGACGCAAUAUCAAGCUGGCAAAGACCAACAUGACUCUUCUCGAAACUUUCAUAAACGAGCACAAUCAUAUUUGCUCGUGGGUUAAACCAACGGGUGGGACCACGGCCCUAGUCAAAUUUGUGAAAAAAGGGGUGCCAGUAGAUGACAUGCAGUUUUGCAUAGAUGUCAUCGAGAAGGCGAAGGUUAUGUUUGUCCCUGCUUCGAAAUGCUUCAGCCCAGAACUCAAAGGCUCUGUGCGCAUGGGGUUUGUCUGCGAAACCGAAGUUCUUCGUGAAGCAUUGAAAAGCCUAGGGGAAUAUAUUCGGGAGCAUCUAGCCUGA